AUGCGAAAGAAGGUGGCCGUCGUCGGUAUUUUCCUUCUCGGAAGUUUCGGUUGCGUCGCAUCCGUCAUCCGCAUCACAGAGAUCCUCAAGUUCAGCCCCCUGGACGGGAGUUACACGCAAGUCUACGCGGCGACCUGGACCACCCUCGAGCAAGGCGUCGCCAUCGUCAGCGGCAACCUGCCUCUCCUCGGACCCCUCUUCCGCAGCUUCUUCGCAAGCAAUGGCAACACCACCGCCGGGUCAUACGGGAUGUCUCGUGGCAUGACGUCCCGAAUCGGUACGAGGGCCAGCCGUCUUGGCUUCCGGAACGAUGGCCCCAUGAACAUUACCAAGAUCAGCGCCUCAUCACCCAGGCUCUUCACCUUUGAGAGGCUCGAUGAUGAUGAGGCCAGCAUCUACGGGACAGGGGUGGAUGACAAGGCCAUCAUUGUGAAGAAACAAGUGGAAGUCAGUGUCUCCUAG